AACAUGAAUCUAUUGGUGUUUGUGUUCCUGGCGGCUGCCGUUUGCGCUUCUGAUGUUGAGAAGCGAGAUGCGGAGCCCGGCCACAAAUAUUUGCACCCACAUUAUACCCCAUACAGCCAUCAUGCUGGUAAAAGGGCGGCAGAGCCAGAGGCUGAUCCAACUUAUCCUUUACACUACGUUUCAUCAUACCUUCACUUGAAUAAGCACUAUCGCUAUCUGAGAUCUGCAGAGCCAGAGGCUGAACCUACCUACCCUCGGUACUAUGCCCCAUCUUACCCUUACUUGAAUCUCUAUCGUCAUGCAAGAUCAGCAGAGCCAGAGGCUGACCCUACCUACCCUCGGUACUAUACUCCGUCUUACCCUUACUUGAGUCUCUAUCGCCAUGCAAGAUCUGCAGAGCCAGAGGCUGAACCUACCUACCCUAGGUACUAUGUUCCAUCCUACCCUCCAGUGAAAAGCCACUACCGCCACGGGAGAUCUGCAGAGCCAGAAGCUGAACCUACCUACCCACAUCUCUAUAUUCCAUCAUACUACAAAGUGAAUUCCCACUAGGUGUCUGAAGAGGCUGAUGUUUAUGCUGAUCAUACUUCAUGGUUAUAUUGCAAUGGGUGUCCUGUCAGUCACUAUUGCGUUGCCAUUUGCAGAUGACAUUCAACAUUCAAGAGAUCCACUGAUCCUUCAUCCAAUACAUACAAUGGAAACCAUUAUUCUCACAACCGUUUUACUUACUAAGGCAUCCAGGAACAAAAAAACAUUCCUUUGCUUGUAACAAUGUUUUACUUGAAUGAGUGUCU